AUGCUAGGGAAUCGCAGCUUGACGGAGGAGCAGACUCUUAUCCGUCGGCACUUCAUCGACUUCUUUGAGUCGGAGCGGUACGAGGAAAAGUACAAUGAACGCGUUCAUGCAAUGAUGUCCGCCGCGAAGUGCAGACUGCUGCUUGACAUGGGCGACCUGCUUGACUUUGUCCCUGUGCCUGCAGGGUUUGACAGCAAUAGCGCAACGGCAGGAACCGCGUCUGUAUCGCUUGGUGUUGGCAUCAUUCGUGAGCCCGGAAAGUUUGUUCCAUUGCUUGAACUCGCCCUCCACGACGUCGUGCUGCGACAGCAGCCGGAGUAUCUGAAGGUGGACUACCGCUCUCGUGCGGUGCAUGUUGGGUUUGAGGGGCCUGUGGGAACUGUACUCUCGCCACGGGAAUUGUACGCCAGACAUCUGAACACCAUGGUGGCACUUGAGGGCAUCAUCACGCGGCAGUCCUCCAACCGUCCACGCGUGCUGGAGUCGGUACACUACUGUCCUGAGACGAAUAAAUUUACGCGAAAGGAAUUCCGUGAUCAAUUUACACCCAUGAUUGAUAGCACACACCUCCCGACGGUGAAUGUCAUGCCAAAGACUGACAUGGAGGGUCAUGCACUCCGUACUGAGCUGGGGCUGUCAACUUUUAUAGACUCACAGUGCGCCAUUCUUCAAGAAGCCCCUGAGCGUGCGCCGACAGGCCAACUGCCGCGCACAGUUGAACUUCGUUUUGAUGAUGAUUUGGUGGAUGUUGUAAAACCCGGUGAUCGUGUGAUGCUGGUGGGGGUGUAUAUGGCAUAUACUACGGCUGACAGCAAGAGUUUCCAGUCUAUUGUGUUGGUAAACCAUGUGGUGUCUGUGCAGGCGUUUACGAUGUACCGCCGUGUGGUGGCGGUGGAGGAGAAGCUCUUGGCCUUUGCGCAAAAGUGUACACAAACUGGCGGACCUGCGGGGGUGCUGGGGGCCUUAAGCAAGGCUGUCGCACCCACCAUCUACGGGAUGACAAACGAAAAAAAAGCCGUUCUCCUUCUUAUGGUGGGUGGCGUUGAGCGGCAGGCGCAUGAAUCACAUGUGCGCGGUGACAUCAAUGUGCUUCUCGUGGGUGAACCCUCCACAGCAAAGUCGCAGCUGCUUCGCUUUGUCCUCGGCGUUGCACCGUUAGCGCUGAACACAACAGGGAAAGGUUCUUCCGGGGUAGGAUUAACGGCCGCUGUCUCCGUGGACUCGUACACGGGUGAGCGUUCUCUCUCAGCGGGGGCGAUGGUGCUGGCGGACCGUGGUAUUCUCUGCAUUGACGAGUUUGAUAAAAUGAGUCCGCAGGACCGCGUUGCCAUGCACGAGGCAAUGGAGCAGCAGACCGUUACCAUUGCCAAGGCAGGCAUUCACGCCUCCCUCAAUGCUCGUUGUAGCGUGCUGGCGGCGGCAAAUCCCAUCUAUGGCUUUUACAGCGUGCAUCAUCGUCUUGCAUUUAAUGUGGGCUUGCCUGAGUCGCUGCUCUCACGUUUUGACCUUACAUUUAUUGUGCUGGACAAGCAUUCCUCAGAGCACAACCGACGUAUUGGGAGGCAUAUUCUUCGUAAUCACAUGACCGCCACACCGGUGGGCAUCGAUCAGAGUGUCACGAAGACGGUGGUGGAUAGCGUAGAUUCCGUUUGGGCACAGUCCGCAAAGAAUGGGGGGAACGGCAGCGGUGGAAUGGACCUUCGCAUGACGACAACGAGUACGGGAGAACCCAUCGUUGGCGUUGAUUUUCUACGUGCUUACGUGCAGCUUUCGAAGGAAGGUCGGCCGUUGCUGACGGAGGCCUCGCAGCAGCUCGUUAGUCAGCACUACGUGCAACUGCGUGCAGAGCAGCAGGAGGGGUCUAAGGAUGGCUUCUACGUGACGGCGCGUACCUUAGAGGCGAUUGUUCGUCUGUCGACAGCGCACGCGAAAUUACGGCUUUCUGCCACAGUGGAUGAAGAGGAUGUAAACAGUGCCAUGGAACUUUUGCGUGACUCUGUUCAUGCCGCAUCUACAGCGUCUCUCCAGCGCAAUGAGGACAACGAGGCAGCUGCCGUGGAAACCCGUUUUGGCCGGAAGCGUCCCGCGGCGAUGCUCCAAGAUGGUGAAAAUGGCGGUGACAAUACAAACAUUGGGCGUAAGUUGCAUGAAGGGAACGGUGCAUCCUUACCGCCUGCAACUGUGGAAGGCGCAGUCAGGGAUCAACUCGUUGAAAGGCGAGUCGCAGAGAUUAUUCGCGUUAUACAGCGUGAGCAGCGCCCGUCUGUGCGACUGAUAGAGCUGCAAGAAAAGAUGGGCGACGGCACCUCUUUAGAUCGUCUGCAGCAGAUCGUCUCCCAACUGCAGGAUGAUAGCUUUGUAUUUGAAGGCGCUGGAAGUGAUGGAUGGAUUCAGUUUAUCUAA